GCUCCCAGCUUUGGGACCGACGCGGUGGCGGAGGCGCCGAGGGGGCGCCGAGGGGACCCCGAGGGACCCGGGAGGUUGUUCGGUUUCUGGUCUGGGGGGAGCCGGAAGAGUUUCGGGGGCGGGGGUUCCCGGCGACCCCUGCUGGCAGGUGGGGCCUAGUCGAGCCUGGCCGCCGCAGGACCCAAGUGCGGGAGCUUCAAGCUCCCCCGUGGGGACGGGAUUUGGGGCUGUGGCCGGAGCUGCUCCCCGACGCGUCCGGAUGGUUGAGGUCCCGACGCUGCUCACGUCCAGCGGGGAAAACGUGUGCCCUCCGCCCUUAUCUUUUCCCUGCUUCUGGGUUUGACGGCUUCCCCCCAGGCGUGCGGGGGUGCCGGGCUUUCCUCAGUGACGCCCGCGACCUCUCUAGGGAACGUCUCAGAAAGGCCGCCCGAGGCGCAGUGGAGGGAGAAAACGGGUUCCCUCCCUCCCUUGCCCCGCUCUCCUCCUCCCCAUGGUGUCUUCCUGAAACGGGAAGGGUGUGUUUCGAGCGCAGGCUGCUCAAGUGGAAGUUACCUGGACUGCUUUAGGCCAAGUUUAUGUCAAGUAAAUGAAACUACUUGAUGAUGGUUUCCUAUUCCUCAGCCGACUCCACCUCCAAGUGGUUUGAACUUUGAGCUUCUUGUAGCCCUGAUGAACAAUUUGGCUUUCGUCAAGUUUGUGACACUUGGAACUUCAACAGUUGGAGGUUUAUGCACUUUGGGACCGGGCCACACUGUGCGGAGUUCAAAGUGCUAGGAGGCCAGAGAUCAAAAUGGCUUCCAGAGGAAAGACAGAGACAAGCAAAUUAAAGCAGAAUUUAGAAGAACAGUUGGAUAGACUAAUGCAGCAAUUACAAGAUCUGGAGGAAUGCAGAACUCUGUUUUUCUAUGUUUGCUGUACUUCAGAGAGGAACUUGAUACAGAUGAAUAUGAAGAAACCAAAAAGGAAACUCUGGAGCAACUAAGUGAAUUUAAUGAUUCACUGAAGAAAAUCAUGUCUGGAAAUAUGACUUUGGUAGAUGAGCUCAGUGGAAUGCAACUGGCUAUCCAGGCAGCUAUCAGCCAGGCCUUUAAAACCCCAGAGGUCAUCAGAUUAUUUGCGAAGAAACAACCAGGUCAACUUCGGACAAGGUUAGCGGAGAUGGAUAGAGAUCUCAUGGUAGGAAAGCUGGAAAGAGGCCUGUACACUCAACAGAAAGUGGAGAUACUAACAGCUCUCAGGAAACUUGGAGAGAAGCUGACCGCAGAUGAUGAGGCCUUCUUGUCAGCAAAUGCAGGUGCUAUACUCAGCCAGUUUGAGAAAGUGUCUACAGACCUCGGCUCUGGAGACAAAGUUCUUGCAUUGGCAAGUUUUGAGGUCGAAAAAACAAAAAAAUGACAUGGUGUGGAAGCUUGGGACAUUGAUCUCAUUCUUGCUGUAAAUGGCAUUUGUCUCAUAGGGAUUUUGAAUCAUUGCAAAGAAAUCAAGAGAUUCUUGAAAUACAUUGAUAACCUGAGAAACGGUGACGGAAAACAUACUUGUGGCUUCUGGUUAUACCCUUCCUCGUUGUGCUUCAGGGCUACUUGCCUGAGUGAUCCCAGAUGGGUGGGAUGAGGAACCCAUUGGGCCUUAUUCAUCAUGUCUUGUGUGUUUGAGAGAAGGAACAGAAAACAGUCUCUCUGCCUGUUUUUAUUAAGCCUCCUUGUUUUAAGUGCUGAUAGUAAAUGAAAAGAUGUGAACUAA